AUGAAUAGGGCCUAAACAGCAAGUGAAGGGUUUAGAUAGAAGAAGACAAUGUCAUCAACAGGUUUUAAAUUUCGUCCGAGCACAUAAUAAAUAAAUCGGGACGUGCAUUACAAAGAUUCAUUGUCUAAUAACGAGGUUAUCGAAAUUAAUCCGGAUCAUAUAAUAUUUUACAAUAUUCGCAAACAGAUUCCCUAAUAGAAACAAGUGAUAGUCCGUAAUCUUACUAAGAUUCCAAGAAGAAUAAGGAUUACUCAACCAACAACCGCACCAGCUCGAUUUAGAGUGGACUAUGAUAUGCAGGGGUCAUUGGCAGCAGGUUUGUCAAUGAUAUUGGUAGUGUAUUUUGAAUGUACAGUCGUUGAGGAUUAUUACGAUGUUUUUGUCAUUACUUCAGAGGAUGGCUUUAAAUUUAAUGUAAAAUUAUCAGCACUUAAACCUCAACCAUUCAUUGAAUUUGAUACAUUUUUAGAUUUGGGAUAUUGUUAGAUCAAUAAAUGCAAGGAAGGGAAGAUCAGGUUUAAAAAUGUUCCAAUUGAAGAAGAAGACAAGAGAAGAAAGAAAGGAGAAAAAGAAAGAGAUUCAGAAAUCGAAAAAGAAUUGACAGCAGAAAUCACCUUAAAAAAUGACAAACUCACAUUCGAACCAAGACAUACCUUCUUGGUUAAACCAGAUGAAACAGUCGAGAUAACAGUUAAAUAUUAAACUAAUUAAGCAAGCAUUUUUAGACAAAGUAUUCAAGUCAUUAAACACUGGAAUAACAGUAUUGAUACUAUUGAAGUCUCUUGUAUUGCUGUCGAUUACUCCAUAUUCUUUAUUGACUAAAAUCAGGCCUAGAGUACGACAAUCGAUUUCUAAGAUCUUGUAAUGGGGUAUCCAAAACAAUACUCUGGAUCAUUAGUAAACAACACGCCUAUCAAAUAAAAUUGGAAGGUCUUGAUAAAAAAGGGUUUCCACACUAUGACCUCUUCAGUAGGAGGAUUUCAAACACCAAAUGAAGUGGGCUUAGAAUGGUUGGAAAAAGUAAUCAGAGUAACACCAGAGAAAGGUUCCAUGGAACCAUAUGCGCAGAUGCCCAUAAAAAUUGAAUGCAAGGGUCCAGUUACUGAAGAAGGGAAAAUGAGAUGUGAAAAUUAUGCAUUCUAAGACAAAACCAACGAUAAUUUGAAGUACGAAUCUCCCAUUGAUUUUGGAUAUUCUUUAUUUUUUGAAUUCUUUGGAGAAAAGAAUGAAGAAACUCUCAUAGUGCAUGCAUAGGGUAAACACAUUCGACCUCAAGUCAAGGUGAAUAAAUAAGCUUUAGCCUUUGGAGAAUGUUAAGUAAAUGAUACUAGAGAUGCGGUUCUGGUUAUUGAAAAUACUCAUAAAAACUAAACUAUUGAUGUUACAUUUAGCAAAGCACCACAAUUUUUGGUGUCUCCACUUCAAUACUAAUUGGGACCACAAAUGAAGAGGCAAUUCAUAGUUACCUUUGCCCCUAAAAAUGUUGGAAGAGUCAAUUCUUCUUUAAAUGUACUGCUAGUAGAUUCCCAAUAUCCUAUUAAAAUAUAAUUAAGUGGACAUGCUAAUUUUAAUCCUGAAAAAAGGCCAGUCACAAGAGGACCAGAGGCUUUACCAAAAGAUUUUGAUUUAGACAGACAGUUUGUGGAUGAAAAACAAUUACAAUAUAUAGAAAUGAGAAGAAGAGAAAUCAAAUCUGAAAUGCAACCAAAAAGAUCAACAAAUUAUAUUGGAUAAUUAUUUGAAGAUGAAAGUGAAUAAAGUUUACACUAGUAACAAUAAAGAAUGUAAGGGAUGAGCGAGUAUGAGUAAGAAAGAUAUGCAGAGAAAUUAUAAUAAUUUUAUUAAACAAGACAAAAUUAAGAUAAAUAUAAUGAGUAUUUGAAAAGUGAAAGAUAAUCAAGAUUAUAAAAAAAGAGAGACAAAAUACUUUAUAUGAGAGUUGAAUCUAUGCAAUAGGAACUUAGAUAGAAAUUCUCAAGUACUGAAGACGAUAAACCUAUUGAUAUUGAAUUCAAGUUAGGAAUCAUGGGCAGAGAAACUGAUGAAAAUGAUCCAGAACUACCUGAAUACUGUGAUGGAUUAUUUGUCACAAAACCUAUUGAUAAAUAUGAACCAUUUACUAAUUAAAAGAAGCUAUUUCAACCUGAUCCAUUAUAACCUAUGCGUAAAACCUUUCCACAGGAAGCACAAACUCAUAAAGAAAAGAGGGAAGUGGCAAUGGAAUUAACAGGAGAAGAAUUAAAGAAAAUAUAAGCUGGUCCUGUAGAAAUAGAUUUUGGCAAUGUCUUUGUGAAGAGUGAAAUAAUCAGAACUUUUCACAUUAAGAAUGAUCUGAGAACCAGUAUCAGUUGUUAAAUAAUUACAGAAGAACCUGAAUUAGAGAAAUCAUAUACUAAAGUCUAAAUAAUCCCAUCUUCAGAUACAGGUAGAUUUAAGAUAGUACUCAAAUCUGAUAAGUUAGGAUCAUUCAGUAGAAGAGUCACCUAUGUAAUAAAUGGAAAACACAGAUUUGAAUUUAAUGUGAAGGCUGAAAUCUAGAAUGUGAAAAUUGAAUUGUCAUCUCAAAAAUUUGAUUUUGGUUUCAAAGAUGAAAAUAUGUUAUUAGAGUCAUUUGAGACAGUAAGAUUAACCAAUAAUGGAAAUGCCUCUGCAGCUUUUAGAUGGUUAGUGAGUGAUUAGAAAGUAUUCACAGUAAACAUGGAAAAGGGGGAGAUCUCAGCAGGGAAGUUUAUAGAUGUGCUUAUUAUUUAUAAGCCAUCGAAUUAUAUAAUAAAAGAGGAUAAACCAUAACCUAUCUAAGGCAAGACAAAUUAUACUGUUUCUAUUAAUAAUUAGACUAGAGUUGAUGAAGAUAAAUUAAUCCUAGUGACUAUAGACGGACUUGAUUAGGCAAUUAAAGUAGUGGGUCAAGUGAGUGAUGCAAGGUGUAAUAUCAAGCAUUCAAUAGUUGAUAUGAAGGAGUUAUUAGUAUGCAAAACAGAAAUUAAAUACUUUACCCUUCGUAAUGUUUCUAGGGUGAAUGCUUUCUUUUCUAUUAUGACAGAAAAACUGCCAGCUGCUUGUGACAUUUCUCCAAGUAGUGGUAAGAUAGGACCUGAUGAGACAAAGGAUAUAACUGUCAAAUAUAUGUCUAAAGAGUAAACAGAUAUUAAAACUGAUAUUUAAAUUAUAAUCAGAGGUGGAAGAAUUCUAAAAAUUCCCUUCUUGGUUAAAACUAUUAUACCCUAAGUAGAAAUAGUACAAGAUUAAUUUGAUUUUGGUAAAUUAACUACGUUGGGAAAUGAAGGUUCUUUAAAGAUGACAUUGGUUAAUAACUCAUCAAUAUCUGCUGAAUUACUAUUGAAUUUGGAUAAGGAUUCUCCAGAAGCACCUAAUGGGAUUGAAUGCUUACAAGUGAUACCGGUUGAUGAUCUUGACAAAAGUGUUUUAAAGAGUAUUCAUGAGGAUGAGAAUACAAUAAAAUAAGUGGCUGAUAAAAAGUCAGAAGAGGAUGAACUUGCAUCUGAGGCUAUUUCGUCUGCUGAUGAGGAUGAAUUGGAAUAGAAGAUUAAAUCUAAAUCAUACAUAUUGACAAUUCAAGGAAAUUCAAAAUUAGAAUUUUACUUAAAAUUCAGUCCAAGAGAUGUUUAAACUUACACAUUCGAUCUUCCUUUGACUUUAAAUAGAUAUGGUCGUCUAACUACUUUGACAAGAUAAAUAAUUUGCAGAGGAUUGAAACCUCGAUUUGUAAUGGAUCCUUAAUGUGUAGAAUUUCCAAGAAAGAUCAUUACUUCAUUGGAGAAAUGUUUUGCUGCUACUGUAGAAAUUACCUUAAGUAAUCCAGAGAGGAAACCAGUGUAUUGGAGAAUGGAUGUCACCUCAAUAACAACUGAUAAGAUAUUCAAUAUCACUCCAACAGAGGGAAAGAUAGAUUCAGGAUAGACAGUGAAAGUAAAGGCUUCAUUUAAUCCAUAAAAAGCAGAUGACUAUCAAAAGAAUAUUCCAGUGUAUAUUGAUAGCCAAGAAAGGAAAGCAGCCUAACCAAAAAUAUUAUUUGAUAGAAGAGAGGUCUUAUUGCCUCCAGUUCCAUUAAAUAUUGAAUCCAAAUGUUCAUUUAAAAUAUUGAAUGAUGGAUAUGAGAAUUUAAAUCUUAGACACAAAGUCUUUGGAGAAGAGGGAAACAUUAAUGUGAAAUUGAGAUUUCCUGAAGGAGUAAGUGUUGGAAUGUCCAAAAAGAGAUUAAGAGUAGACGCUCUCUUUUAGUCAUCAAAAUCAGUUUCAUUCACUACUAAGAUCGAAUUUUACGAUGAAAUGGGCAAGGUGUAUACAAUUCCUGUUUCUGGAACUGCAGAUAAUUGUUUACUAACUAGUUUUAGUUAUCAAUAGAGAUGUGCUAAUGAAUUCAAAAUAGAUGAAAAGAUUUCUUAAGGUCAAACCACCCAAGGUCCAAUUUGUUUGAUGGAUGAUGACGAUGAUGCUAAUUCUGAUAUUCAAAGUCCUCAUAAAAAAGGAGCUCCAAGUGUCAUUAGUUACAGAUCUCUAAGUUCAAUGAGUAAUCAAACUACUGCAAGUGCACUUGAAUAAACAGUAUGCAACCAAAUGGCUUAAGUUUUUUUUUUAUGGAGGGGCCUCAAAUUCCAUGCUUU